CGCUGUUGCCGUGAAUAGCCUGCCUUCACAUGGUACACGUCUGACAUCGUAGGGGCGGAAGAACAUCUCUGUUGACACAUCCUGCCUAGAGCAAGACACAUACCCGACAGCAAUCUUCCUGUUCAAGUGUCCGGCUAGAUGCGAGUCCCACUUCCCCGCAUCCACACAUCAUGUCCGCCGCGGACACAGGAACACAACACGGACUCACGUGCUGGCUCCUCGACACACGCACUCUAUGGCCCGGCAGCAAGAUCACCGACUCGGAAGCAGCAAGAGAAGCACUCCAACUAAUCAGCGAUGAAGAGCGGGAUAACAUUCUGCGAAAGUACCACAUCGCCGACGCACGGAUGAGCCUGGGGUCAGCACUAUUGAAGAGGUUAUUCAUUCACAAAGCCCUCGGCAUUUCGUGGAGCGAGAUACGAUUUGGAAGGAAACGCGACCCCAAGCACGGCAAACCAUGUGCCCUCAUCUCCUCCCCUUUUACAUCGCAAUCCACUAUUCCUGCGCCCGUGGAAUUCAACGUAUCUCACCAAGCCGGAUUAGUAGCGCUUGUGGGGUGCAAGACGGAUGAGCUAGAUGUCGAGCUAGGCGUCGAUAUCGUUUGUGUGAACGAGCGGAAUGACACCAGGGUGAUCGAUGAAGAAGGCUUCGACGGCUGGAUAGACAUCUACGGCGAACUCUUCUCCCAAGAAGAGUCCUUCGACAUGAAGUAUCACGCCGACGCCUUCCAGCUGCUUGAUGGCACACUCGUAACACCAGACAUGCUGGGACGCCACGAUCGGUGUACAUCGAGGAAUCAAAGGCUCAGCAUCACACUGGAAAACGGCGAGAAAAGGACAUUUGAUAGCGAUUUGCUGAUCGAUGCUAAGCUGAGGCGGUUCUACACAUUUUGGUGCUACAAGGAGGCGUAUAUCAAACUAGACGGUGAGGCGCUGCUCGCGAAGUGGAUACCAACCCUCGAGUUCAAACACGUCCGCGCCCCGCGGCCAGGCACAGUCGCGCGAUGUAGCACGCACGGCACAUGGGGCGAACGGGUCAGCGACGGGGAAGUCUGGUGGAGCGGGAAUGGCAAUGGGCCGAGAGACACGAGCAACAGCAGCGGAGGGCGAGGUGAGAGGAGGAGACUGACAGACACGAGGGUGGAAAUCCAGGCUUUCGAGGAGGACUUUAUGAUUGGAGUUGCGGCGAAGGAGAGGGACGCAGGUAAACUGCCUGCUGUGUUGACAAGCUUUAAGGGGCUGCAUCUAGAGGAGGAUGUUAUGAGCGUGGCGAGGAAUGCGUGACGGAAGAGUGGGAAGCACACGCGUGGAAUUGGAGGCGAUGCAUUGCUAGAGUCCCAUAACACGAUUCUUUAUCUGCGAGCAAAAAACAUAUCUUCUCCUUCACGUGUAUAAUUGCGAAAGGUUGAAAGGCUGCCUUCGUACCUUCCAACCGCGACUGAUGACGUGCCAUUUCUUGCCCUGCUCCUUUCUUUGUCGUCGUAUCU